GGUAAGGGUAUCUGGUGCCGCAGCCGCUGCUGUUUUUUCGCUUUCCCUUUUUCCACCACAGUUCGCAUCGCACCUGCCUGCUUUGCCUCGCCUCGCCUCGCCUUAUUCGUGCCUCGCCUUCCUUGCCUUUUCCUUUCCACACAAAUUCACCUUCCUUCCCAUUCUCGCCCACACUAAGCCAGAAGCUACUGUCCGUGCAUCCAACUCUUUCCCCCUUCCUCUCCCCUCGCUCUCUCAUUUUCCUCCCGUCUCCUUCACCCACUCUGUUCAUCCACCCGGCCCGGCCUCCAGCUGCACUUCCCCCUUCUAUUAUAUCCACACAUUCCCACUCCCACGUCGUUUCCUCCUCCAUACCCCGGUUUCCCUCCUCCAACACACCCUCUGACUCGAAUCCCUCCUCAUCCGAUCAUCGCCAAAAGAGUCUUGGAAACACGCCCUCGUCCAAACACAUUUGUGCGCUGCCUCGGUCCUUGUUGCGAGGCACACAGUUCCCAUACGCUUCUCCAAUCCACUCCACCAGUCCCGUCGUCGACAGGUACCUACCCGUUGGUCUUCCGCACUUCGACCGACUGGCCCGUAUAUCUGACAUUUCUCGCCCUUCCGCUCCCUCAGACCCGUCUCUCCCUCGCAACCUUUGGAAGAUGCACGCCUUUCAGUGACGGCACUUCGAGGAAAAAAAAGAUCGCGAAAUCCCUCCCGGACGAACAACUCGACUGUCUCGAACGGAAACACCGAGCUCGUAAAAUCUGACAUGCGACAACAACUCUAGCCGACCGAAUCACACCCGCUUGAAUGAUCUGCCACAGCAAUCGCCGUCAAUCCGAUUAUCUGUGACUGCGACACCAACGAAGUCCAUCAUUCCCUGGUUCAACCCGCCGUUGCGCCUGUCUUUCGACCACCACCUACCGCCAUCAUGGUGCCUGCCCCUACGACAGGCGGUACUGCCGCUGCCAACGGCACCGGGAGUGCCAAUGCAAGUUCACGAGCUUCCCCGGCCGUCGGCGCCCCCAACACGGCCUCGGCUAAGUCGAAGGCCGCCCAGGGCAACUCCAACGGCCCUCGCCCGACGAACUCUCAAGUCCCCCUCAGCUCCAUGCGAAGCGCACCUCUUGACUUGACAUCGGUCGAGCGACGCGGGCAGGCGACAGCGGUCAAGGAACCCGUCAAGAAGAAAACCCGCCCCCAUGGUCUUGAGGAGGCGCCCACCUACUAUCCGACAGAGGAGGAGUGGAAGGACCCGAUGGAGUACAUUAAGAAGGUCUCCCCGGAGGCGAAGAAAUACGGCUUGUGCAAGAUCGUGCCGCCAAGUUCGUGGAACCCGGACUUUGCAAUUGAUACCGAGGUAUUCCAUUUUAGAACCAGGAAGCAGGAGUUGAACUCGGUCGAAGGAAGCACACGAGCAAACAUGUCAUAUCUCGACGCGCUCGCCAAAUUCCACAGACAGCAAGGAAACAACCUGCAUCGCCUUCCCUACGUCGACAAGAAGCCUCUUGAUCUGUAUCGUCUUAAGAAAGCCGUCGAAGCUCGUGGCGGGUUCGACAAGGUCUGUAAGCUGAAGAAGUGGGCUGAAAUUGGACGUGAUCUGGGAUAUAGUGGAAAGAUCAUGUCUUCCCUUUCCACAUCGCUUAAGAACUCGUAUCAGAGAUGGCUCUGCCCAUAUGAGGAGUAUCUGAGGCUCGCCAAGCCGGGAGUUCAUCAACAGCUUGAACUGGAGAACGGCGGCCCCUACACCCCUAGCCCUGCUGUCACUCCCAUGAAGCGAUCCAACGUCAACACUCCUUCCAGCGCCCGAGCCGAUUCCCCUGCCCGUAGCGCCUCAGAUGCCCUACAGGCAAGUAUCAACGGUCUUAAGAAGGAGGGUGAUCGGGACACUCCUAUGACUGAUGCACCACCUGCGCCUGCCCCGGUCACCUCAGGCUUCAGAGCAAUCAACACAGGGGGCUUUACCGCAGUCAACUCUGGGUUUAAGAGCGUUAACCGGCCCACACCUCAGGACGAUGUCACCAGCACGCCACCGUCCAAAUCCUUCAGCCCGGUAAACUCUGCGAAGAACACACCUGACUAUCGGCCAUCAAAUCUUGGUCCUGCGGCGCUCAAACGUCAAAUUAGCUGUGAGAGCCUUGACCUAGCGAAGAAGGACACCGCCACAGACAAGGAUGAUGGUGAUGCAGGGAGCAGCAGCAGACGAAGCAAACGUCUCAAAAAAGAAACUGUGCCGACUGUCGCUGGAUCACACAUGUCCCUUUUCCGCCCUUCUGUGCCUAGAAUCCCCCGAGAUGAGGCAUCUAACCCUGGCGAGAAAUGCGAGCAAUGUGGCAAAGCUGAAGAGACUGGCCCUCUCGUCGUCUGCGAGUCCUGCGACCAAGCCUAUCACUGCACAUGCCUCGACCCUCCGCUGAAGCACAAGCCUGAAUCGGAGUGGAACUGCCCGAGAUGUCUUGUCGGUGAUGGUCAGUAUGGGUUUGAGGAAGGCGGCCUGUACUCCCUCAAGCAGUUCCAGCAGAAGGCUGCGGACUUCAAGCAGGGUUACUUUGAGAAGAAAAUGCCGUUCGACCCAACCCUUAACUGUCAUCGCCCGGUCACCGAAGAGGAUGUCGAGACGGAGUUUUGGCGCCUUGUCGCUGACAUCGAGGAGACGGUCGAAGUCGAAUACGGUGCCGACAUCCACUGCACCACCCAUGGUUCGGGUUUCCCGACGGUCGAGAGACAUCCUAACAACCCCUACUCGACUGAUCCUUGGAAUCUUAACUUGCUGCCUCUGCAUCCCGAUAGUCUGUUUAGACACAUCAAGUCCGACAUCUCUGGCAUGACGGUGCCUUGGGUAUAUGUCGGCAUGAUCUUCUCGACCUUUUGCUGGCACAACGAAGACCACUACGCAUACUCCGCCAACUACCAACAUUUUGGCGCGACAAAGACCUGGUACGGUAUUCCGGGCGAAGAUGCUGAAAAGUUCGAAGCCGCAAUGCGCGAGGCUGUCCCUGAGCUCUUCGAAACGCAGCCCGACCUCCUCUUUCAGCUGGUGACCCUCUUGACUCCGGAGCAGUUAAAGAAGGCUGGCGUUCGAGUUUCCGCCGUCGACCAGCGUGCAGGCCAGUUUGUCAUCACCUUCCCGCAAGCUUACCACGCCGGCUUCAAUCACGGCUUCAACUUCAACGAAGCCGUAAACUUUGCCCCUUGCGACUGGGAGCCUUUCGGUCUUUCGGGCGUUGAGAGGCUGCAGGUUUUCCGCAGGCAGCCCUGCUUCUCGCAUGACGAGCUGCUUUGGACCGCUACUGAGGGCACGACCAACAACGGCCUCACGAUCCAGACAGCCAAAUGGCUCGCCCCGGCACUGGAUCGAAUCAAGAAACGUGAGGUCGUCGACCGGGCCGAUUUUGUGGCGAAGCAUCUGGAGCCACAGUGGCACGACUGUGGCCUGGCUGGCAAAGACGGCGCCUCUUGUCCUUUGACGUUUGAGAUCGAUGACACGGACGUUCCCGAGGAGGAGUACCAAUGCUCUUACUGCAAAGCCUUCACCUACCUGUCUAGGUUCAAAUGUCUAAAGUCGGGCAAGAUUCUGUGCCUCGCACAUGCGGGCCACCAGCCAUGCUGCGACAUGCCCGAGCGGCAACGGAUUCACGGCGAGGGCCAUGCCGUCAUCUACAGGCAAUCCGAAGAAGACAUCGACGCAAUCUAUGCAAAGGUGCUCGAAAAGGCGCGCACGCCAGAGGCCUGGGAAGAGAAGUACGAGAAGCUUUUGGAAGAAGAGGCUACGCCUUCUCUUAAGACUCUUCGGAAUCUCCUACACGAGGGUGAGAAAAUACCCCAUGACCUACCCUCGCUCCCUUUGCUUCGGGAAUUCGUCGAACGCUGCAACGAGUGGGUGGAAGAGGCCACCAACUACACGAUUCGGAAGCAGCAGAAUAGGCGCAAGAGCGAAAAGUCCAUCCUCAACCGAAAGAACUCACUGGACCAAAAGGAACGCGAUGCGCGCAAUGUUUCCAACGUGUACCGUCUCCUCAACGAGGCUGAGCAAAUAGGAUUCGACUGCCCUGAGAUCACCCAGCUGAGGGAGCGAGCUGAGGCCAUCGAGGCCUUCCAGAAGAACGCAGCUAAAGCGCUGGAACAGAUCCACCUCGCCGAGCUCUCCGAAAUCGAAGACCUACUUGAGGAGGGCCGGACGUUCAAUGUCGACAUGCCCGAAGUCGAUCGCCUAUCGCGAGUUCUCGAGCAACUCAGGUGGAACGAAAAGGCUAGGAACAACAGAGGCACCCACAUGUCGCUCAACGAAGUGCGCGAGCUCAUCGAAGAGGGCAAGCACCUGGACAUUCCGCCGUACAACGACCACCUGUCCUUCUACAUCGACCAGAUGAAUCUUGGCCAGCAGUGGGAGAAGAAGGCACGGGAAUUGAUCGUUGCCGAAAUUGUUCACUACCCUCAGCUAGAGGCUUUGUCGAUGCAGGUUGCCGCCAAUUUCCUACCUGUCUCAGCUGACACAUUGGCUGCUGUGGACCAGAUCCUCUACAAGCAAAGAGAGGCUCACCGCCAGAUCGUGGACUUGACCGAGAGGUCGCGCAAUCCCGACAUCCGGAAGAGACCAAAGUACGCCGAGGUUGCCGAGAUCAUGCGCCGACUCGACGACUUGAACUCGAAACCCAAUGGCACGUUGGACCUGGAGCGUGAGCAGAAGCGCCAUGAGGACUGGAUGCGAGAGGGCAAGAAGCUGUUCGGCAAAACCAACGCACCUCUCCACAUUCUCAAGAGUCACAUGGACUAUGUCUUUGAGCGGAAUCAAGACUGUUUCGACAUUGUCAAUGAUAAGCCUCGCAUGCCGGCCGAACCCGCCUCCAGAGAAGCCAGCCCAGAUCAAAAGGUGCACCGGUGGGAAGACCCUCGCUUCCGGGAAGUUUUCUGCAUUUGUCGCAAGGUGGAGGCUGGCAUGAUGAUUGAGUGCGAGCUCUGCCAUGAAUGGUACCACGGAAAGUGCCUCAAGAUUGCCCGGGGGAAGGUCAAGGACGAGGACAAGUACACAUGCCCGAUAUGCGACUGGCGUGUCAAAAUCCCCCGAGAUGCCGCCCGACCUAAGUUGGAGGAGCUUAUUACAUGGUCUGAGAAGAUUCCAAGCCUGCCUUUCCAACCGGAGGAAGAGGAGGUCUUGACAAAGAUCAUCGACAACGCUCAGGACUUCCGAAACCACAUUGCCGGAUACUGCAACCCUGUCGUGUCUACCGAGUCCGAGGCCGACACACAACGGUUCUAUCUGCGCAAGAUUGAGGGCGCCGAGAUCCUGCUCGCCUACGAGACCAAUUUCUUCCGACAAGAGUUGCACAAGUGGUGCCCCGUUGCGCCAAACGCACCCCCCGUCCUCGAGGUCUCCAAGAGCACACGCAAGCCACGACCGACCAAGCUCCAGAAGCUUUUGGCCCAAUUUGGCGUGGAUGACCCCGAGGACCUGCCAGAGAAUAUGAAGGCCAAGGCAGCCAGCCUGAAGCGGAAAGCCCAAAAUGCCGAGGCUGCGGCGGCUGCGGCUGCGGCUGCUGCGGCCGCCUCUGCAACUGGUGCGACGGUACCCCCUGGCAUGCCGGGCCACGGUCGUAAGUCGGAACAGUCGUCAGCAACACCCCCCAGCACGUCUCAUGGCAACCGCCGGUCCAUCGGCAGCAACCACGACGCUAUGGACAUUGACAGCGGCCCGACGCUUCAUCCAGGCUUGUUCUUGUCCAACGGCGCACCUGGCCCGCAGCUUGUCGUCGGCAACUCGUCGCUGUCUCUUGAGGAGCGCUUGCUCCAGGGCCAGGAAGAUGGGCUUAACCUGCACACUGAGGCUGGCAAGAGUAAGGCUCUCGAGAUACUACGUCGGACCGAAGUGGGUCGGAAGCGGGCGGUGGAGAUGUUCGGCCCCGACGUGUUCAAGGGCGACGUUGGCAUGCUCAACGGCCGAGACGAUGUGCCUCGGUCUCAAGAAGAGGAGCGAGCAGUGAACAAGAUGUUUGACGAUCUCACGAACCAAGACGAUGACGAUGGCAAGAGAAAGCAGGAAUCUUUUGAUGGACCUAUCACGGCGGAAAGUCUCGAGAGCGAGCGAAAUGGCAUGGACGCCCUGCUCGACGGCGAUUAGAACUCUCGUCCUGAGACUUACCUUGCGGCCUUGCAUCCGUUCGACUUUAUCACUUUCGGCUUUUGAAGGACGGGCGUCAAUGGUGUUGACAGGCAAUCCAUUUGAGUAGGAGUUUCAUUUCGAGUUUCGACAUUUUGUCCGAUGGCCGCAGGAAGAGAGAACUAAUUUCAUAUGGGGGGCGCGUUGUAUGAUUAGGUGUCUCGAGGUUACGGCAUACCACUUUGCAUUAGAUGGAGAUGGGGGCGUUUACGAGGAUGCCAGAUGCGUCGCUCAGUUCCUAGGUAUCAUGGCCAAUAAUUGUGCGGCGCACUGUCCCGGAAAAGUCCUAGUCAUGGGCAAACAAGAUCAACUUUAGUUUAGGCAUUUGUGAAUACAUAGGCAUCGUGGCCAUGCCGGUUCGUGAUUGA